CAAAGGAGGAAAAAUGAAAAGAGGGUUUGGAAAAAAAGAGAGAAAAACGAAAACGAGACAGAAACCAGACCUCUCCGUACCGAUACCAGAAACAGCAGCACCCCCUCAUCACAACUACAAAAUCCCAGAUUUUCCAAACGUUCAUCCAAAGACCAUAUUUAAAAACCGAGAAAAAAGAGCAUUUGCAAUUCCGAUAUCUCUCUUCAAAAUCCCUCUUUUUUUUUUUUUUUUUCAAUCUCUGUCUCUCUCAUUCAUCAUCUGAGCGGCAUUCGCGCUUCCGAUCGAGUUCAAAACCCUAGCUGUGAUGUGUUUUUUGCGAACUAAUCGAUAUCUAUGGCUUUUGGAAGGAUCCGAUUCUCUGAACUGACGGUGGUGGUGAGUGCUCGUCCACCCCUCUGGAAAUCAAAUCUCAGUCUGAAAGUUGGUUUCUUGCUGAAUGCACUUGACGAGAAAGCUUCAUCGGGGCCCAACGACUUAUCCUUGCCUUGAUUGCUGAAAAGGGCAUGUGAUAUGGAUGACGGCGGGCAGCGGGAAAAUGGGAGACAUAAAGCGGAUCAAUACAAAGGGGUCCAUCAUCAGUGGAUCCCCCAACAUCAGAUGAAGGACCCCCAUAGCCUGAAAAUUCUUGCCCUCGCUGCCGAGAGGGAUGCGGCAAUCCAGGAACGGAAUUUAGCCAUUGCCGAGAAGAAGGCGGCCUUGGCUGAACGAGACAUGGCGAUCUUGCAGCGUGAUGCCGCUCUUGCUGAGCGGAACAAUGCCUUGAUGGAACGCGAUUCUGCCAUUGGUGCCCUUGAGUAUGCCCGGGAAAAUGCCAUGAAUGGCAGUGGGCCAGCAACCUGCCCUCCAGGGUGUGGGCUCCCACGUGGAACUAAGCAUGUCCACCACCCACAGCAUAUGGCUGAUGCUCAUUACCACCCAAGAGAGAUGCAUAUAAGCAGUGAGGCCUACCCGAUCUCGGCAGCUACUGAUGAGGCCAUCAAACCUCGGCGGGCCAAACGUCCGAGGAAGGAGACGAAGGGCCAAUUCACGACCAAGAAGACAUCAAAAGCAAGGAAAGGUAAGAGAGGGGGUGAAGACUUGAACAAGCAAGUCCCUGGAGCCAAGCAGCUCGAUUGGAAGGGUCAGGAGCUGACUGGUGGUGAGGAUCUGAACAAGCAGCUCUCGGUGACGAAGCAUGAAUGGAAGGAUCAGGACCUGGGUUUGAACCAAGUGAACUUUGACGACUCGACCAUGCCGGUGCCAGUUUGCUCGUGCACCGGCCUCCCACAACAAUGCUACAAGUGGGGGAAUGGAGGGUGGCAAUCUGCUUGCUGCACGACCACUAUGUCCAUGUAUCCGCUGCCGGUCAUGCCCAACAAGCGUCAUGCCCGUGUGGGUGGCCGGAAGAUGAGUGGCAGUGCCUUCACCAAGCUGCUCAGCAGGCUAGCGGCAGAGGGCCACGAUUUGUCGACCCCUCUGGACCUUAAGGACCACUGGGCCAAGCACGGUACCAAUCGCUAUAUCACCAUCAAGUGACCAACACACCUAUGUGUUUCCACCUCAAAAUCACACAAGGCUGUUGCCAAAGUGUUCUGGUGAUGUUCUGGUCAGGGGUCUUGUAUCUUUGUAGUUAUUAUGAAAGAAAAGAUGCAAGUUGUUUGUUGUGGGGAGGGGGGUUGCAUGUAAGUGGCUUUCAUUUCUUUUUUAUGUGGGAUUUUUGGCUUCUUAGUGGGGAAAUGGGGCUUUGCAGCGAACAUGAGAGCUGCUGGUGAAGAAAUGGAGAAGGGUUAUGGAUGGGUUUAGCUCUCAGUUGCUUACAUUGAAAUGGACCCUUGAAAUGUGAAUCGUUACUCAAAAUAUCCUUAGGGAAGGGUUAAAAAAAAAGUUAGUAAAAAAGAAAAAAGAAAAAACACAGGGUGAACCCGCUCUUUAUAAAAUGCGGUGCUACAGAGUUGUACUUGAUGUGUACAUAUUUCCUAUUUAUGUAACAGGGCUAGGUUUUAGUGCUGGAAAUUAUUGGAACUGCUUCAAAUGAACUAAGACGAGCUUUUGCUGUUAUGAUCGUUGUUUUAUACUGAUUUCAUCAGGAUGAUUGUUGGUUU